UGCCAAACUUGCAAAAAUGUGUAACAUCAUAUUUUCUUAAUAACAGUGAGGAGGUGCUACACAUUUCUGACAAAUUAGAAAAGAAAAUCGAAAAUAAUGCACAACUAUAAUAAUUAUAUCAAAUGUGGGGAAAUCUUAAAGUCACCUUCACCCACCGUCAGCGAUAACUAUGAAUUUGUUUUCCGCUGUGGAUGUUAUGAGGAUCAUUAUAUUGUGUUAGAAUCGUUUAUGGUUCCUCCCUGUUCGAAAAAUUGUAAGGAAAACGUGAGCUUCCUGGAUGUGACCUAUAAGUAUGUCCCAAACGAUAUUGCCAAAGUGGAUGUCCCCAUUAAAUAUGAAAAUAAUGUUGGCGUCUAUGAUGUGGACCCCUUGAACGUAGUUAAAAAUAGUGAACCCAAUGAAGAGGUGAAGAAAACUGAAAUUAAAAAAGAAACCCUCUUGCACGAAACAGAUGAAGAUGGUGUUUACCAGAAAGAGGACUCGCAAAAGGAUGAUAAGUCAUCGGACGAUGUUUCUUCCGAAGAUGAGAAUUGGGAAAACAUUGAAUCUGAUAAUGAGUCUGUGAAAUCCAACGAUAGCAACUCACCAUUAUUUGUCGAUAAUUUCAUCAAGUCCGAACAAAAUGUAUUGUCCCUCAUUGAAGAAUACAGAAGUCAAACGGGGCUUUGGAACCACAAAUCUCCACAAUGGCGCCUUAAUAAGAGACAUGAUAAGUACUUGGAAAAAAUAAAAGAACAAUUAAAAGAAAAAGUGCAUUUGGAAAUGUCUCGUUCACAAAUAGCUGCAGUGAUUACAUAUUUAUGUCGUAAAUAUAGACAAGAUUUAAAGCGAAUAAAAUUUGGCGGAGAAUCUACUGACCAGAAAAAUCACCCGGCCUGGUUUUUCCCACACCUGGAAUUUCUUAAGCCGGUUGUGGAACAUAAUCUAUUCACAGCGUUUACCACCUCAGCGUCAGAAUGCAAUUUUAAACCAGAACAAACAAUUCAGGUUUUGGGUAUAUACGAACGAUUUCCACAUCUUUGGAAUACCGAUCUUAUAGAAAAUGUUUGUAAAAAUAAACGUCUGGAAGCUAUCGAACAAAUGCAAAAAGUUAUUGAACAGGAAAUGGGCCUCCAAAUAAGUGAAGGGACCCUACAAAGCAAUCUACAAUUUAUACACAAUCAUUUUGGUAAAAUAAAACGUUGCCAUCUGGUAGAGGCCAAACCUAAGGCCGAUAAAUAUUUUAAACACAUGCAAUUUCUAAAUGACCACAUUGGUCCCUUUCAGUGUCCCGAAUGUGCCCAGAUAUUUAAGAGCCCCUUAACAUAUAAGGUGCAUAAAUCCCAACAUGAUGGCUUGCCGGCAUUACGCUGUUCCCUGUGUAGCAAGGAGUAUAGUAAUCCGGGUCCAUACAUUGCGCAUGCCCGCCGACACAUGAACGACUUGAGUGAAGAAUGCACGGAGUGUGGAAAGAAAUUUCUGGUGGCCAGUGAUUUGAAAAUUCACAUGCGUUCACAUACCGGUGCCCAGCCGUAUUGUUGCGAAAUUUGUGGCAUUUCGUUUCGUCAUAGCACCUCGCUAAAUGUCCAUCGACGUCGCCAUGAACAGCAGUAUUUACACAAAUGUCCAAUAUGUUCGAAGGGUUUUUAUAAAAAGGAUCGCAUGAAUGAUCACAUAAGAUCACACAACAAUGUCAGAGACUUUGCGUGUAAAAUCUGUAACAAAGCAUUCAAGACACGUAAAACUCUGAAACAACAUGAAGUCAUACAUGACGAUGCACGAAAUCAUGCAUGUUCGCUGUGUGGCAAGGCUUUCAAACUUAAAGUUGGACUGCUGCAGCAUAUGAGAACUCAUGGUGGCCAAAUAUAAUAAUUUUUUAAUAAUGUAUGUUGUUUGUGUUUUUCUUCAA